UAUAAAUACGUAUAAAUAAAGUGUCGUUAAACGGUGCGUCCUCUGAUAGCUUUUGUGUUUAUAUAACGCGUUUGGGAAUACUUUAAAUUGGCCAGUUCCCAGAGAGUUUACAAUGGACUCGGAUAAAGUCGUGCGUGCCAUGGCGCGCUGGUGGCAGACCGUCAGCCAAGAGGAUACCGAUGCCGCAUCACGCAAUCCCAUGCUCUACGAUCCGCUGCAGGACGGCGUUGUGAAGACCUCCAAGACACGUCAAUAUAUUGCGGCACUUGUGGUUUGCCUGGGCGCAGUCGCUGCUGGCACUGCCCUGGCCUGGACGAGUCCUGUGCUGCCUCAGAUCAGUGUCCCCAACAAUAUUACGGCAAUUACGACCAACUCCACCGGAAAUGCGAGCAGUCCAAUAACGCAGACUGUGCCCCACGAUGAUCAACUACAACUAACUGUUGCCCAACAGACCUGGGUUAGCUCGCUGUUGGCCAUUGGCGCCUUCUUGGGCGCUCUGCCCACGGGCUAUAUAGCCGAUACAAUUGGCAGGCGUUACACGGCGCUGGCCAUGGAUGUCCCAUUCAUUUUGGCCUGGCUGUCGAUCAGCUUUGCCAAAUCAGCCGGUUGGCUGUACUUUGGUCGCUUUCUAAUUGGCAUAUCGACGGGCAGCUUCUGUGUCGUGGCACCCAUGUACAUCUCGGAGAUAGCUGAGACGAGCAUUCGCGGUACCCUUGGCACACUCUUCCAGCUGCUGCUCACAGUGGGCAUACUCUUCAUUUAUAUAAUGGGCGCCAUGGUCUCAUGGAGUACACUCAGCAUAAUGUGCCUGUUUGUGCCAAUUGCGUUGUUUGUGGGCAUGCUCAUGCUGCCGGAGACGCCCGUCUAUCUGCUAAAGAAGGGUCGUCGUGCGGAUGCGGCAUUGUCUCUCAAGUGGCUCUGGGGCCGCUAUUGCGAUUCGCGCAGCGCCAUUCAGGUCAUACAAAACGAUUUGGAUCAGGCGAGCGCGGAUGCCACGUUCUUGGAUCUGUUUACGAAUCGUGGUGCCCGCAAUGGUCUCAUCAUCUCCAUUUUGCUGAUGUUUUUCCAGCAGUUUUCGGGCAUCAAUGCGGUCAUAUUUUACACGGAAUCCAUAUUCAAGUCGGCCGGCAGCAGCUUGGAUGCCUCAAUAUGCUCCAUUAUUGUGGGCGUGGUGCAGGUGAUCAUGACCCUGACCUCAUCCCUGCUCAUUGAUCGCGCUGGCCGCAAGAUUUUGCUGCUCUUCAGCAGCACCGUGAUGACCAUUUGCCUGGCCAUAUUGGGCGCCUACUUUGAUAUGAAGGAGAGCGGCAAGGAUGUGUCACAUAUCGGCUGGCUGCCGCUGCUGUGCAUGGUGCUAUUCAUCAUUACCUUCUCUGUGGGAUAUGGUCCCAUACCAUGGCUGAUGAUGGGCGAGCUCUUUCUGCCCGAUGUCCGAGCCACCGCCGUGUCGCUCACAGUCAUGGCCAAUUGGCUGUGCGUGUUUGUGGUGACCAAAUGCUUUGGCAUCAUGAUCACCGACUGGGGCUCCGAUAUGACCUUCUGGUUCUUUGCCGCCUGCAUGGCUGUUGCCACAGUUUAUGUGGCUGUUGCGGUGGUCGAAACAAAGGGCAAAACCUCCAGCCAAAUACAAACGUGGCUCAGCGGCCAUUCAAGCCAGAUGCCAGCAAUGAGCCAGUUGGGAGACAAGCGUGAACAGUCUUACACUGAAGUAAGCUCCUUCCAGAUAAGCGACGGCCUAUCGCGCAAUAUGGAACCGGUGAAAACGGGUCGCAUCUUUUUGGCCGCUGUGGCAGCCAACUUAUCGGCGUUUGUUGUGGGCACCUGCCUGGGCUGGACAUCGCCCAUUGGACCCAAGCUGAAGGCCGAAGAUACUUCAGAUUCGCCCUUGAGCAGGCCCAUCACGGCCGAUGAGGAUGCCUGGAUAUCUUCGCUAAUCGCCAUUGGCGCCCUGGUGGCGCCCUUUGUGGCCGGCCCAUUGGCCGAUCGCAUUGGACGCAAGUGGGUGCUGCUCUCCAGCAGCGUAUUCUUUGUGCUCGCCUUUCUGCUCAACAUGGUCGCGGCCGAGGUGUGGAUCCUGUAUCUAUCCCGCUUGGUUCAGGGCUUCGGCGUGGGCUUCGUGAUGACCGUGCAGCCGAUGUACGUGGGCGAGAUUUCCACUGACAAUGUGCGUGGCGCCACCGGCUCACUGAUGCAGCUCUUCAUUGUUUCUGGCAUUCUGUUUGAUUAUGCCAUCGGUCCAUUCGUCUCCUACCAGGCGCUGCAGUGGUGCUGCGUCGUGGUGCCCAUUAUCUCGGAUGUGGUGUUCUUCUUCAUGCCCGAGAGCCCCUACUACUUGGCCGGCAAGGGCCGCAAGACGGAUGCGCUGCGUUCGCUGCAGUUUCUGCGCGGCCAGAGCGCCGAGGGUGUGCACGACGAGAUGGCGUCCAUACAGGCCAACGUGGAGGAGGCCAUGGCCAGUAAGGGCACUGUCAUGGAUCUGGUGAAGAAUCCCAGCAAUCGCAAGGCCUUGUUCAUUUGCGCCGGUCUCAUCAGCUUCCAGCAGCUGUCCGGCAUCAAUGUGGUGCUCUUCAACAGCCAGUCGAUCUUUGCCAGCGCCAACACUGGCCUGGAUCCGGCCAUAGCCACCAUUAUUAUUGGUUGCGUACAGGUCAGCUCCUCGGGUCUUACGCCCAUCGUAGCGGAUCGCCUGGGCAGGAAGGUAUUGCUACUCAUCUCGGCCAGCGUAAUGAGCGUCGGUCUGGCAGCUUUGGGCUUCUUCUUCUACAUGCAGCUGGUUGUGGGUGACGUUUCGAGUGUGGUUUGGCUUCCGGUGCCCGCAUUGAUCGUCUACAAUAUUGUCUACUGCACGGGCUUCGGUCCAUUGCCCUGGGCGGUGCUGGGCGAGAUGUUUCCAGCGAAUAUCAAAUCAGCUGCAUCCUCCGUGGUGGCCAGCACCUGCUGGAUUCUCGGCUUUCUGGUCACACGCUAUUAUCCGGCGCUCGAUGCACUUGGCUCCUACUAUGCAUUCUGGCUCUUUGCUGGCUUCUGUGUGGUGGCCUUCUUCUUUGUGCUGUUUGUCGUGAUGGAGACCAAAGGCCUGAGUCUGCAACAGAUCCAGGAUCGUCUAAACGGCAAGAGUAACUAGUUUUUAUCGUAAUGUAUAGGCCGUUUAGUGUAGCUUUGCUCAUCCUAUAUGUAUAAGUUGUAUAUGCAAGUAUUUUAUUGCCUACUUUUAAGAAUAUUGUUUAAUUGUUAUAUAUUAUUGUUUCACUAAAAAUAUCCAAAAACA